GCCUCCUCCUCCUCCUCCUCCUCCUCCAACUCAACUCCUUUGCUCUCGCUCCAAUCGCUAGACCCCGACUCCGUGCCCCCCCCCGCCCGCUCCUCAGCGCCGCUUCCCAUCCCGUCUAAUUCGGUCCCCCGAAGGUGGGAGCGCGUCCGCCCAGCUCCGCACCAUGGCACGGUUCAGCUUGCUCGCUCUCCUUUGCACCCUGGCGGUGCUCAGCGCCUCGCUGCUGGCUGCCGAGCUCAAGUCGAAAAGUUGCUCGGAAGUGCGACGUCUCUACGUGUCCAAAGGCUUCAACAAGAACGAUGCCCCCCUCCACGAGAUCAACGGUGACCAUUUGAAGAUCUGCCCUCAAGGUUAUACCUGCUGUUCUCAAGAGAUGGAAGAGAAGUACAGCCUGCAGAGUAAAGAUGAUUUCAAAAGUGUGGUCAGUGAACAGUGCAAUCAUUUGCAAGUCACCUUUGCAUCCCGUUACAAAAAGUUUGACGAAUUCUUCAAAGAACUACUUGAAAAUGCAGAGAAAUCCCUGAAUGAUAUGUUUGUGAAGACAUAUGGCCACUUAUACAUGCAAAAUUCAGAGCUAUUUAAAGAUCUCUUCGUAGAGUUGAAGCGCUACUAUGUGUCAGGAAACGUGAACCUGGAAGAAAUGCUAAAUGACUUCUGGGCUCGCCUUCUGGAGCGGAUGUUCCGCCUGGUGAACUCCCAGUACCAUUUUACAGAUGAGUAUCUGGAAUGUGUGAGCAAGUAUACUGAGCAGCUGAAACCCUUUGGAGAUGUCCCCCGGAAGCUGAAACUCCAGGUUACCCGCGCGUUUGUGGCAGCCCGGACAUUUGCUCAAGGCCUAGCAGUUGCAAGAGAUGUAGUGAGCAAAGUCUCUGUGGUGAACCCCACAACCCAAUGCAGCCAAGCGCUGCUGAAGAUGACCUACUGCUCCCACUGCCGGGGCCUCGUGACUGUGAAACCAUGUUACAACUACUGCUCAAACAUCAUGAGAGGCUGUUUGGCCAACCAAGGUGACCUCGAUUUUGAGUGGAACAAUUUCAUAGAUGCCAUGCUGAUGGUGGCAGAGAGGCUGGAAGGUCCUUUCAACAUUGAGUCAGUCAUGGAUCCCAUCGAUGUGAAGAUUUCUGAUGCUAUCAUGAACAUGCAGGAUAAUAGUGUGCAAGUGUCACAGAAGGUUUUCCAGGGAUGUGGGCCCCCCAAGCCACUCCCAGCUGGUCGAAUUUCUCGUUCCAUCUCUGAAAGUGCCUUCAGUGCCCGCUUCAGACCUUAUCAUCCGGAGCAACGCCCAACCACAGCAGCUGGCACUAGCUUGGACCGACUGGUUACUGAUGUCAAGGAGAAACUGAAACAAGCCAAGAAGUUCUGGUCCUCCCUCCCGAGCAGCAUUUGCAAUGAUGAGAGGAUGGCAGCAGGAAACGGCAAUGAGGAUGACUGCUGGAAUGGCAAAGGCAAAAGCAGAUACCUGUUUGCAGUGACAGGAAAUGGACUAGCCAACCAGGGCAACAACCCAGAGGUCCAGGUUGACACCAGCAAACCAGAUGUACUGAUCCUUCGUCAAAUCAUGGCUCUUCGUGUUAUGACCAGUAAAAUGAAGAAUGCUUACAAUGGGAAUGAUGUGGACUUCUUUGAUAUCAGUGAUGAAAAUAGUGGUGAAGGAAGUGGAAGUGGAUGUGAAUAUCAGCAGUGCCCUUCGGAGUUUGAGUCCAAUGCCACUGACCACUCUGGGAAGAGUGCCAACGAGAAAGCCGACAGCGCUGGUGCCCAUGCAGAGGCACAGCCGUACCUCCUCACUGUCCUCUGCAUCUUGUUCCUGGUUAUGCAGAGAGAAUGGAGAUAAUUGUCAAACUCUGAGUAAAAGUGUUCAUCUUCAGAAAGUUAAAGGGCACCGGUUAUCACUUUUCUACCAUCCUAGUGACUUUGCUUUUUAAAUGAAUGGACAACAAUGUACAGUUUUUACUAUGUGGCCACUGGUUUAAACAGAGUUGACAUUUUUUUUUCAUUCAGUUCAGGGGGACAGAAGGGACUACUACAUUUAAAUUCGUUCCUGCUCCCUCAGAGCCGUGUUAAACGUGGCUAACAGUGUAGGUACAGAACUGUAGUUAGUUGUGCAUUUGUGAUCUUAUCACUCUAUUGUUUUUGUUUUUGUUUUUUUCUCAUUUUGUUUGUGGGGUUUUUCUUUUCCAAUUAUGAUCUCACCUUGUUUCUUACAAGAAAACCAGGGUCCUUUCUUGGCAUGUAACAUGUACGUAUUUCUGAAAUAUUAAAUAGCUGUACAGAAGCAGGUUUUAUUUAUCAUGUUAUCUUAUUAAAAGAAAAAGCCCAACAAGCCGUAAAAUUUCCAUUUACCCUUGUUAUUUUAGCUGCCUUAUCUGGAGAGAUGUGGAGGUGACUUGGGUUUUCUUUCUUUCUUUUGUUUGUUUGUUUCUAUUAAGUUAGGACAGAAUGUGAAGGUGCAGGCAGGCCUCUGAGCCACUUGUCAGAUUGUAUUCCAACACCAAUACAAGAAGAAAUUUCGACUUUGUUCAUAGUUGGGAGUUGGAAGAGACUGCAGACUAUCUGACCAUUUUGACUGAGUUGAAUUACAUAAGCUAAGAUCACAUAUAGGUCGAUUUUUUGGACCCGCUCAUACUCAAAGUGUAUCCCAUUAAAUAUUGUUGAUGUAGUGUCCUGUGAAAGAUAAAAGGCACUCAGGAUGUCCGUUAUCACCUGUACACACUUGGAUUUGGGGGUGGUUUUUAAAAACAAGGCAAGUUUGCAGGCCACAGUAUGCCAGUUUUCAUGUCCACACGGACACUCGGUUUUUUAUCCCAAUGGUAGUACGAAGUGACUAAACUUCAUUUGGUUUCCCCUUGUUAGUGUGGUCCGGAUUUUUAACCCACUGACCUCUCUAGGAAGAGUGCCAUAAAAGGGAGCAGUCUGGCAGCUAGCCAGUACUGGGGUAUAGCCUGGGCUCAGGGAAUAGCUGUCGACACUCAAAGUUUUUGUCUAUGCAUGUAUAUUUGCGUUUUUUUUUUUUUAAGAUUCCAGUAUUUUAAGGGAGUGUUAGGUGUCUAAUUUGAUUUUUUUCUUGCCCACCCCUUUCUAAUCAAUGAAACAAAGGUUUUGGAGUGGUGUGCAGCCAUUUCCUUUCCAUUCCAGACAAGGAUGAAAGGAGAAUAGGUUUCCAGAUUUUUUUUUUAAUUUAUAUUUUGGGACAGGAAUGGGAAUAGGUAAAGAUGAGAGGAGGACAUCUUAUCAGUGACCCUUAGCUACAUGGGUGAACUGGCAAAGACCCAAUCUAUUGUCUCAGGCCAAAGACUGACCACUGACUUGCCCCCUUGGGAAACCCUUAUGUCCUUACCAAAUAAAACUCUGAGAAUGUAACAGAUCAUUUCAAAAAGAGUUCUCAAAAGUCUUCAGAAAGACUACAAUCCUGCAAGUCUCUUCCUACUCUAGAAUUCAUUAAGACCCCAGAAUUCUACAGAACCAAAAACCCGGAGAGGUUGUUUUGUGUUAUUGUUCAAUCUUCACUUGUAAGAGUAAUUCUCUAUUUUUAUAUUGAAACAUAAUUACUUGAUAGCUCAGGGUCUACAUUUCAUUCAACUUUUUACACCAAAUUCUGAAGAAGGGUCAAAAUGAAAUAUUGGGGAACUGUUGUAAACAGAGGCUUAAUUUUAUUAGAAGUAGCCAGUUAUUUAUUAAAGCAUGAUGUUAAUAAAAUAGGCAUAUUCUGGCUGGUGUGUAUAAGUGUUUUUUUUUUUAAGAAAAUCAGAAAACAAAAUUAAGAAGGCUUUCCAUUAUAUGAGGAAAAAUAACUGUAAAUAGCUGGGCUGCCUUGUGAGAACUUGGAAAAUGUGCUGAUACUUAGUAACUACCUCAGUUGUGAGGAAUUUCCUUUUUAGCUUAGGCUGCUAUUCCUUUUACUUGGUAGAAAUGAAUCUGGUCUCCAAAAUAUGGCUCAAAGAGUUAUCCCUAUAGACCUUGUUAGAUUGUUUUUAAUUUAAAACCUUGAACUCUGCCCAGCUGUUUUCUUUCAGUUAAGUCCUCCAAACCAAUAACAUUUUCCGAAUUAAAUAUUCUUGAAGGUU